AUGUCAGAUAUAAUUCUUCUCAUCACAGACAUAAGACAUCCUGCUGUCCAUUUUUCUCCGGCGCUUUACGAUCAUGUCACAAAAGAUUUAGGCAAACCCUUGAUUCUGAUUUUAAACAAGAUCGAUCUUGCACCUCCAGCACUGGUUGUUGCGUGGAAACAUUAUUUGCAGGAGAAAUUUCCAAUGCUUCAAAUUGUCUGCUUCACAUCUUACCCAAAAGACAAAUCGGAUAUUGACAUGCAACGAGAUGACCCUGGCAAAGUUAUGCACAAGAAAAGGAAGCGUGGAAAAUCUGUUGCUGUCGGACCUUUGGAAUUAUGGCAAGCCUGUCAAACAAUUGUCAAAGAUGAAGUGGAUCUUUCUGGUUGGAAAAAGAAAAUUGAAGCAAACGUCAGUGCUGUUGAGUCAGAUCUUGUGUCUAUUGUUCAUAAUGAAAUUGCUGAUACCAGCUACCAGCAACAUGUCCGCUACAAGGAUGGCAUUGUGACCAUCGGAUGCGUAGGUUACCCUAAUGUGGGCAAGUCAUCUUUAUUGAAUGGCUUGGUUGGCAAAAAGGUUGUCAGUGUGUCUCGAACUCCAGGUCACACCAAACAUUUCCAAACCAUAUUCCUUACACCUACUGUGAAACUAUGUGAUUGUCCAGGACUUGUCUUCCCAUCUAAAGUGCUAAAGCAACUACAGAUUUUGUGUGGCAUCUAUCCAAUAGCUCAGGUGAGGGAACCCUAUAGUCCACUUAUGUAUUUGGCUCAACGAAUCAAUUUGGUUAAACUUCUCAAACUACAACAUCCAGCAGUCGACCAUAAUCGACCAUAUCAGGGUGGAUGGUCAGCUUUCGACAUAUGUGAUGCCUGGGCUCAAAAGCGAGGUUUCAUGACUGCUCGCACAGCACGUCCAGACUUGUACCGGGCAGCCAACCACCUGCUACGUAUUGCUGUGGACGGUCGUCUUUGUCUCUGUUUCCGACCACCAGCCUACAGCAAGACUAAAGAUUAUUGGGAAAAACACGUGGAAACAGAAGCUCUUUGGUUGAUACAGCAUCAGCAUUGUCGCAGGAACCAAGCUAUUUCUGAUGAAUCAGAAUCUUUAAGUAGCAGUGAUGAAGAAAUUGGUGGAGAAGAUGGAAUAAGCAAGUGCCAAAAACCAACAUCUAAAACAUCGGAUAGCACCACAACGACCAAAGAAGAUGAUGAUCAAGACAGUGAAAGUGAAAACAAUUUAGUCUCCAAAAAUCCAUUCGACCUACUUGAUUCAGAUUAA